AUGUCCUCCGCCGACCUUUCGUCGCUGUUGACGGCGAGCAAGGAGCUCACGUCGCAUUUGUCGCGUCCUGACCUCCCAUCGGUCAAUCUCUCCCUUGAUCAAAUCGAGGCCCUUUCGAGACGCUUGGUUUCGCGUCAACCAGGGUCGUCUUCAGAUGCAGACAGAGCGAACUAUCUUCUUGCGCAAGCCCAUGUCGACGUGUCUGCAUUGUCCAACUCCAUUGCCCACUUGAACCCUGCAACAACAUUCUCCCCGUUACAGCCUCUGCAAGACACCGAUGUUGCAGGCUACCUCCGUGUCGCGCACGAGCAGAAUCUCAUUUCAACGAUUGAAGAAGGAAGGAAAGAGACUCAGGAGGAAUUCUACAGAGUCUUGGAGGAACGCUCUCAGCGCGACUGGGAAAUCAAAAAGAAGCGUGUCUUUGAAGAGUUGGGCGGCAAGGUCGGUGGGGACAAUCGUGCCUUGACGGACUUGAGGGCCAGUACGCACCAGAAGAGCAGCCUCAUGUCGAGUGUUGGUCCCAACAUUUCGCUGCAAAUGCAAAGCAAGAUGAUGGCCUACGACAGGGUUAUCACAGAACUCAACUCUGCCAGACUUCGCGGUACCUCUUUCCCCAUCGUCCAUGCACUCAUUGACGCUUCCCUGGCUGUCGCAUCUGACACACGGUCAAUACAAAUGACCCAAAACUUCCACGUCCUCUCCAAAAUCACCAGUGAACCACCCGCACUCCCGCCUAUCGAACACGCCGGGGCGCAUAUCCUCAACACGCCACUGUUUGAACGCAAGUACGCGCGUGUUUAUCUUGGCAACUCCGAUUCAAGGGAAGCUGCUGCAUUGAGGCAACAAAUCGCAAAGGGCUCGCGGGAGGCUCUGGAGGAGCAAUACUGGGACGUGUUGGAGCGAACCGUGCAGGCUAGACCAGCUGAGGCCAAGCUUGGUGGUGAUCCCAGUGUCGCCAAUAAGGUUCGAGCCUUCUUGUUGGUGAGGUAUUACCGCAAUGGGGAGUGGGAGGAUCGAAUUGAGAUUAUCGCCGGUCAACCCAUCUGGGCCAAACUAUUCUACCUCGUCCGAACCGGACAUGUCCGCGAAGCUCUCAACGAGGCCCUCCAGUUCCAGCAAGCAAUUGAACAUCGCGAACCAAGUUUCAUUGGCCACUUCCGAACAUGGAUCGAGUCGACGGAUCGGAAGCUACCGAAACCCCACCGUGACCACCUCCAAGCGGUGUACAACGCCCACAUGCUCCAUUCAUCGACAGUCGAUCCGUUCAAACUUGCACUGUACAAGCUGAUUGGCAAGAUUGAACCUAACAGGAGGAGCGUGCCGCAGGUUACGACGACCACUGAAGAUUGGUUGUGGUUCCAGCUUUCCAUGCUCGAUGAGGAAGAGAACGGUGGUUUGGGCACCCUUACCGAAGUCCUGCUUGGGUAUGGCGAGCGUCACUUUGAUGGACCUCCGGGACAUCCCAAUUCGAGACGGGGUGUAUGGGCUGGUGUCUUGCUUAUGUGUGGACAGUUUGAACGGGCUGUCGCUGCUUUGUGGGAUCACCCCGAAACUGAAAUUGAAGCCGUCCACCUCGCCAUCGCGCUCGCCUACCAUGGUUUAUUGAGGGUUCCACCUCGCGCCGAGACCUCCGAUAUGUCUCCUCUUACCCUAUCCCCCGCCUCGCCUCCCGCUCUCAGCCUGUCGACCCUGAUCUGGCGCUAUGUCCGCCAGUUCGUCAAGAUGGACGCAAAGGAAGCUUUGCAAUACGUCUACUGCGUCUGCCUAUCCGCAGACCAAGGAAACGGAGUCGGUAGAGAACAGGUAGAAAGCGCAUGGGACCUCACCAGGCGGAUCAUCGUCCUCGCCAACAGCGGACCCGGAUGGGAAGAACUGGUCGGGGGAUUCAGAGCUGACGGUACUCGAUUCAGCGGUGUCAUCGAACAAGGAGCCUCCCUCCUCCACCUGCACGACUCCAAAGAGUACAACCAAGAAAUCCUCAUCCGCGCAGCCCGCCACUCUGAAGAAAACGAUCGCAUCUCCGAAGCGAUUAAACUCUACAACCUCGCUGGAGACUACGCUACUGUCGUCUCCUGCCUCGCCAACGCACUCGGAAAGACCAUCGCGCAGACUUCUCCAGAUGAGAAGAGUAGGGUGGUUGAGAAGACUGCGGGCGAGAUUUUGAGGCAUUAUGAGAGGACGAAUAGGGCGGUUGGAAAGGAUCGAGACGCGGUGAUCAAAUUGUUGAAGAUUAGAGAGGCGGUUGAGGCGAAGAAUGCGGGCAAACCUGAUGUUGCUUUGGAGAUCAUCGAGUCUAUGGACCUGAUCCCUCUUUCGGGUGACAUCGCCAAGACCACGCGCCGUGCGGAAGAGUUCAAGGAUCUCCACCCGUCAUUGCAGAGGAACCUGCAGACGUAUCUCACACUUACCAUGGACGCACUCGCGGGUGUGCACCAGAAGACGAAGAACGCUUCUGUUGCCGAUACAACGAGGCAAAUGACCCUGGCCGCUGUCAGGAAGAAGUCGCGUUCUUUGAUGGUCUUUGCCGGUAUUCUGAAGUACAGAAUGUCCCCCGAUGUUUAUUCGUACCUUGCCAGACUCGAUGUUGAGAUUGCAUUGUAA